UCAAUGUUUUGGUUUCGAGAUUGAGAUCUGUUGUUAAAAGAUUAAUUAAUUUAUAUGCUCACUUAUUUCUAAAUAUAAGUUUUUGUAGAUAUAGAUACAAAUAAAGUCUAAUAAAUAAUAUAAAUAUUUAAGAUCAUGGCUGACGAUGAGCAGGAUCCUAAAGAAUACCGAUGGGAAACAGGUUAUGAGAAAACUUGGGAGGCUAUUAAGGAAGACGAAGAUGGCCUGGUGGAGGGUCUUGUGGCCGAAUUUGCGCAGAAAGCGGCCCGAAAAUCUGCAGCGCCAAGAAAAGGCCCGGUACGACUGGGUAUGAUGAGGCAUUUACUUGUGGCAAUUGAUUGUUCGGAAGCUAUGAACUGCCCUGAUAUAAAACCAUUACGUUUUCUGUGCACGUUGAAGCUUCUUGAAAAAUUUGUUGAAGAAUUUUUUGACCAAAACCCAUUAAGUCAAUUAGGUAUAAUAGCAAUGAAGAAUAAAAGAGCAGAGAGAAUAACAGAACUUUCAGGAAACAUUAGGAAGCAUAUCAAAGCUGUGCAGAGCUUGACAAAUUUGGCACUAGUGGGUGAACCAUCUCUACAAAACACACUGGAGUUAGCAGGCAGAAUUCUCAGACCGCUACCAGGCCAUGCUUCUCGAGAAUUACUUGUUCUAUUUGCAUCUCUGACGACUUGUGAUCCAGGGGACAUUGUUCCUACUAUACAGGGUCUAAAAACAGAUGGAAUUAGAUGUUCAGUGAUAGGUUUAGCUGCCGAAGUAAGGAUUUGCAAGAAGUUAUGUCAAGAUACAGGAGGAGAGUAUGGAGUUGUAUUAGAUGAUGUACAUUAUCGUUCACUACUGUUAGAACACACAUCGCCACCGCCGCGGGCGCGUGCGCUGGACGCUGGGCUCGUCAAGAUGGGAUUCCCACACACACCUCCACCUAAUACUCAGUCUGAUCCCAGCGGGAACGCUGACCCACCGAUAACAGUUUGUAUGUGUCACUUAGAGGAAGGCGAGGGUGUGGGCGGGGAGGGCCACCUGUGCCCGCAGUGCCGCAGCAAGUACUGCUCGCUGCCGGCGCAAUGCCGCACUUGCGGCCUCACGCUCGCCUCCGCACCGCAUCUAGCCAGGUCUUAUCACCAUUUGUUCCCAGUGGAGCCAUAUGAAGAAUUAAAUAACGAAGGACAAGCACAAUCUUGUUUCGCCUGUAUUCGAAAUUUUACAGAUCUAGAUAAACAGAUAUUCCGUUGCAAGCGCUGCAGCGAGUAUUAUUGCUGGGAGUGCGAGGGCGUGGUGGGCAGCUCGCUGCACGUGUGCCCCGGCUGCGCCGCCAGGCCGCACCUCUACCAGCGCCUGCCCGAACAGCGGUGACCACUAUACUUACUACAUUUUAUAAAUUGAUUAAUAAAUAAUACUAUUUAAAUGUUUCUUA